AUGUCAAUAGAAAUCUCAGUUUUAAUAUCUGGAUCAGGUACAAAUCUACAAGCAUUAAUAGACGCACAGAAUGAAGGAAAAUUGAAUGGUAAAAUAACUCAAGUUAUAUCAUCAUCAGAUACUGCAUUUGGAUUAACAAGAGCUUCCAAAAAUAAUAUACCUACAAAAACUCAUCUUCUAAAAAAUUAUUAUAAAGGAACAACAAAAGAUCAAAUAGAAAUAAGAAAAGAAAAAAGAGAACAAUUUAAUAAAGAUUUAGCAAAUUUAAUAAUAAAUGGAUCAAUUGAUUCUACCGUAUCUAAUUAUAAAUCACCAAAUUUAAUAGUUUGUGCAGGAUGGAUGUUAAUUUUAUCACCAACUGUUUUAGAACCUUUGGAAAAAGAAGGUAUAACUAUAAUAAAUUUACAUCCUGCAUUACCAGGAGCUUUUGAUGGAACUCUUGCCAUUGAUCGUUGUUGGAAAGCAGGACAAGAUGGUGAAAUUACAAAAGGAGGAGUAAUGAUACAUAAAGUUAUAACUGAAGUAGAUAGAGGUGAACCUAUUUUAGUUAAAGAGUUAGAUCUAAAAAAGGGUGAAACUUUAGAAGAAUAUGAAGAUAGAGUACAUAAAAUUGAACAUAUUGCAAUUGUUGAAGGUACAAAUAAAAUAAUAAAAGAAUUAACGAACAAUAUAUGA